AAGCCGAGAUAGGCAGAGAGGUCGGUCGCGCUCGUUGGCGGCUGUCUCUUAACAGCGAGUAGCGCUUGCGGAGAUGUGGUAAAACACGGUAAAAGGGGACGGCCGGCGAUUGCAGUUCCGUAAGCAUUCGCGACAUUUUGGCCAUUCUAAGGGGGGGAAAGGCGAAUAAGCGCAAAAGGUCGUUCCCAACAAAAGAACAACAUUUUCAAAGGAAACAAAAAAGCCAACUCUUCGUCCUUUUAAGAAUAAGGAGCUGGGAAUUUCCAGUGAACAUGUUUAGCUGAUGACUGUUCUCAAGUAACUGAGUUCACCUAUCCAAAGUUUGUAGAGAAACGCGCCGCGAUACACACGCUAGAUAUUUCGCUGCGUCUGGAUAUAUUGAGAACAACCGAGCAACAGUUUUCGACUUUGCUCACCAAGGUCAGACCGCUACGAGGUCGCCUGAGAUCCGCGAAUUCAACCUCACCCGCAAGGCUUGGUUCUCCAACAGCAGCGACAAAAGUCCGCAUUACUAGUUUCUCCUAUUGGGGGCGUUCUCAUGGAAACAAGGUGUCCGGCGCCGCCCUAAUACGUCAUCAAGGCGCGACACGCAUCAAUCCUCUUGCUUAGUAUGGCUGAGGCUGUGGAGUCUGGUAAAGAGGAUGGUCUUCUGCCCGUUGUGUCUUCCCCCUCUUCCGUUGAGUCUUCCGUCGUUGCUAUAGAAGUGGCGGAACGCCAGGAGAAAGAACCGGCCGACAUCAAAGAGGAAGUACAGAUUGUAGAGAUUAAAUGCAAAGAAGCAUGUGAAUUGAUCCCUGGAGAGCUAGAGGACUCUACAUCACAAUCUAUUGCAGCCAAGAAAAUAAAAAUAGAGAUAAAGGAGAAAAAAGAGAAAAAAAAUAAAGUUGAUGAAGAUGAGAUUCAAAAAAUGCAAAUUCUGGUUUCCUCUUUUUCUGAAGAGCAGCUAAAUCGAUAUGAGAUGUAUCGACGAUCAGCUUUCCCUAAGGCUGCUAUUAAACGGCUGAUCCAGUCAAUUACUGGAACCUCUGUGUCUCAGAACGUUGUUAUUGCCAUGUCAGGAAUUUCUAAAGUCUUCGUUGGAGAAGUAGUUGAAGAGGCGUUAGAUGUAUGUGAAAAGUGGGGAGAAUCGCCACCUCUGCAACCCAAGCAUUUGCGUGAAGCAGUCAGACGACUGAAAUCACGAGGACAGAUUCCAAAUUCCAAAUAUAAAAAAAUUCUUUAUCACUGAAGAGGAAGCGAAAAAAAGUAUCUUAAAUGGACUGGAGAUGUUUUCAUUGAAAUGAAAAAGACUUCGGAGAGUAUGUUCAGCUUACUUAAAACCGUCAAGUUCUACAAAAUUAAGGUGUUCCUUGUGCAAUAAUUCUGAGUGGGUAAUGAUAAGACUAUAUUGCAGGUAUAUUGUGCUAGAUAUAAAACAUUUUCUUAAGUAGGCAAAAUAAGAAAUAUUGAUGUAAUAAGAUUACAGGGAACUUCUGAAACAUGGUUUCUUUUAAAAGGAAAUAAAAAGUUUUAAAAACG